GUGUUUUAAGAUGACAAAAAAAUAUUAGAGUAAAUUUAAAAGGUAUCACAGUAUUUCUUCGUUGUUACUAACUAUUUCGCUCACAAUCAAAAUGCUGUAUUAUCCCAUUUCCUCGUGAAGUUUCAUUUUAAUAUGAUGAAAAAUUUGAGAGAAGGAACAAAUAAAAAGCUAAUGCUCUUCCUUAUCAGCUCUGUGUCAUCGUACGCGAAUUCCUCAGCAUCUCUGAUCUGGCAGGAUUUGUUGAGUGAAAUGAACUUCUUCAAAGGAUAUUCGAAUAUGGCGGCGACCAGGAUGCUUAAAUUCCUCUCUGCUGUGAUUGGAGCGUCAGCCAUCGGCUUUGCGAUGCUUGUGAAGCAGCUGGGAAGCAUCGUAGCGGUGACAAACAGCUUCUUGAACGCCCUUGGUGGGUCUAUGAUUGGCAUUUUCAUUGCUGGCAUGUUUGCCCCUUGGGUUAAUACAAAGGGUGCAUAUGCAGGGUUUAUUACGACAUUAUCCUUCAACAUGUGGCUGCUAGUUGGACAAUUCAUAACUGGUUUUGAAAAACCAGAGAUGCUUCCAUUGUCAAUAGAAGGUUGCCCAAAAAAUCUAUACCAUUUAAAUUCGACUUCAAAACUUUUAAUUGAUUACCCAACAGAAAAUCUGUCAUAUUCAACAAAAAUGCCUGAAGACGAACCACAUGAAGAACAAAUGGAGAAAAGUAUCUAUGAUUUGAGUUUUUGCUAUACAGGGGUCAUUGCAAUAUUUGUAUACUACAUAGUGGCGUCCCUCAUCUCAGUCCUGACAGGUCCCCUGAAGCCCUCUGUCGUCGACGUUCGACUGAUUCAUCCUAGGUGUUUGAAACUGUACAAACGCCUCUGGGGCUUCUUCGAUGAUUCAUUUUCUGCAGACAAGGAAAGUGCCCAAAGUAAUACGUCUGGCUUCACUAAAGCGAUGGUCAGAAGUGGACUCUGAACUAUUUCAUACAUCUAUUAUUAAAGAUCUUCACUUUCACAAAUAUAAAAAGGUUCUUGUUUGUUGUGUUUCGUGGGGCGCUUUCUGAUCAGUAAACAUACGAUAACGUUAUGGAAUUUGCAACUGUAUAUUUAUGUAUCAGUUUUUUUCCCCAUUUUUAUACCUGCAUUACUAAUAAAUAUACUGAAAGUUAAAGUUAAGUAUAUCUUAGUUUCACCAGACCACGGAGCUGAUUAACAGCUCUCUUAGGGCUGGCCCGAAGGAUUAGAUAUUUUUACGUGGCUAAGAACCAAUUGGUCACUUAGAACGGGACCUAGAGCUUAUUGUGGGAUGCGAACCACAUUAUAUCGAGAAAUGUAUUUCUAUCACCGGAAAUAAAUUCCUCUGAUUCCACGUUGGCCGAGCCGAGAAUCGAACUUCGGGCCACCGGAUUGGCAGCCGAGCGCGGAAACUUAUAAAUAUAGUGAAAAAUAGAUAAUUUAAGAUUAGUGGGACACAAUUGUUUUAAUGAAUACACUUAUGAAAAAUAAUCUUGAUACACUUUAGUCUUAAUUGGACAAAUCUAACGUGGGCUCUGUGGUAGAGCUCCAGACUGGAAAUGUUAUGCUAAAGGAACAUUCGCUGAGAUUACUCAGGCCUUACAAAUUCAGUAUAAUUUAUUUUAUCAGUAUUGUAAAAAAAACUGUUAAAACAAACACCAUUGAAUUUCCUUUUUUAUUGUCUUUUUUUUAUUAACUUCCAGAUAGU